AUGGCCGGGGGCCGGGGGUGCCGCCGCCGCCCGGCGCUGCCCGCAGCGCUGCCCGCAGCCCCGGGGCUCUGCCUGUCCCUCUGCCUGCUGCUGCCGCUGCCCGCCGCCGCCUGGAGCCCGGCCCUGCUGCCGCCCGCCGCCCGCAGCAACUGGUGCUCCUACACGGUGACACGGACGGUGUCGUGCCACGUCCAGAACGGGACGUUCCUCCGGAGGGUCUUCCAGGGCUGCCGCUGGCCCCUGGCCUGCAGCGGGGGCAGCUACCGCGCCGUGCUGCGGCCCCUCUACAGGGUGGCCUACAGGACAGUGACGGCGCUGGAAUGGCGCUGCUGCCCCGGGCACGCCGGCAGCCACUGCCAGGAAGGGUCUCCCACCGGAGGCGGUGCCCCACGGGGGGGUCCCCCCGCGCUGACCCCCCUUUCCUCGGCAGAGGCUCACCCCCCCCUCACCCUGCGGGACCCCGGCCGCCCCAGCGCCGCCCCCCGCCGGCCCCCCCUGCACCCCACGGCCUUCUCAGGGUGCCUGAACUGCAGCCGUGUCGGGGAGCUGACAGCCCGGCUCGCCACCCUCGAGGCACAGGUGGCCCGGCUGGCGGUGGCCGAGCUCCCCAUGCCAGCAGCACCCAAAGGCGGCAGCCCGGGCAGGGGGCCCGAGGCCGGGCAGCUCUGGGGGUCCCCGGCCGCCCGCGGGAGCCCCGGGGAUGACGGGACACCCGGCUGGAGGGGACCCCCCGGCCCCAAGGGCGACGCGGGAGGACCGGGACCCUCGGGAAUUCCGGGAGUGAAGGGUCCAGUGGGACCACCAGGUCCCCCCGGCCCCCCAGGACCACCCGGUCGGGAUGGAGCCAGGGGGCUCCCCGGGGAGAAGGGGUCCCCCGGGCCCCCCGGCCCCCCGGGCCCCCCUGCCCCUGUGGGGCCAGCGAUUCCCCGACUGGCCGAGCCCCGGGACCCGGUCCUCUCCAACACCUUCACCGAAGCCACCAGGAGCAUCGUGGGUCCCAUGGGACCCCCCGGACCUGUGGGGCCAAUGGGUCCCCCCGGCCCCCCAGGUCCCGUCGGUCCCCCCGGGCCCCCAGGAGCCGAUGGCAGGGCAGGAGCGCCCGGAGCUGCCGGGCCCCGCGGCGACAAGGGGGACAGGGGUCCCCAGGGCCAGCCGGGCAGCCGCGGGCAGGACGGGGCGCAGGGCGAGCCGGGCCCCCGGGGCGAGCCGGGCACUUGGGGGGAGGGUUUGCACCAGCUCCGCGAGGCGCUGAAGAUUUUAGCGGAGAGGGUUUUAAUCUUGGAAACAAUGAUUGGGCUCUACGAGCCAGAGCCCGGCUCGGGCAGCGGUGUCCCCAGCACAGCCAUCCCCGGGGUGCCCCACGGCAAGCGUGGCAGCGGCCACCCCCCCUACCGCAUCGUCACCGCCGCCCGCCGCGCCCCCCUGGAGCCGUGA